AUGAUUCAAUUUCUCAUCUUAUUUUUCUUCUACGUGACUUAUGCACUUCCUCCAAUUCCAAAAGAAAUUGUUUUUCCAACACAACCCCCUGGUGGGCUUCAAGUCACUUUUGCGGGAUGUCGACAAGCUGAUGGAUGUGAUGUCAAAGCUCGUAUCGAGUUAUUAGUUCCUUAUUUUAACACAGUCGCCUCAUUUUUUAGGCCGAAGAUGGCUAUAGCGUUAUUGAAACAAGGCGCUAAAAUGAAAAGUUUGGACGACCUUCCCCCUGAGGAAGUGACGAUACCAGAAGAACCACCUGAGGGUUCCGGAUUAACAGUGAAACCAGAUGCAUGUUCUGCGGAUGCGGGCUGUGAUGUUAAAAAUCGGAAUUUGAUGAUUGGGAAGUAUUUCAAUAUUUUGGCGUCACACUUCUCGGCUAUGAUACCAGCGACCGGUGGUCCUCAUAACACUGCAGCACCUAUGCCAGUACAGUCCGUCAACAUCCCAAUGAAAAAACUCGACCAAGCUAAAUUGACGGCUCAACACAAAUUGGACAUCCGUAAAAUGCUCGACGACCAGAACAAACAACUCUUCGACAAACAGAAGCCUAUGUUCCAAGGUAUGUUCCAAUCGCUUUCAUCACAACAACUGGCUGAAGAUCCAUAUCACAAGUACAUUAAUAAAGUUAUCGGGUUAGAGGAGAGACGCCAAUCGAUGUUUUCAAAUUAUCUCCGAACCCGAAAUGAUCCUCCUCACUUCGAAGACUUUUAUGACCAACCAACAGUCGCUCCAAGAACUGGAAACCCUGAUGACCAUAUGAUAGAAACGUUCGGAGGAAGUUAUUUCACCGCUGAUGGAUACAAAAUCAUGAAGAAAAGGUUUUUGGAGAAUGAAGGACUUAAAGGUUAUGACAAAAGUGCAUUCAAACCAACUAUAAAGCAAGCUCUUAUCACUAAGUGA